CCCAUAUAGCACACUAUGUACAUAGUACGUACAUUAUUCGUACAUUUUACGUACGUUCGUCCAUGUACAAAACAUGUACGUACUGCGUACGUACAGUAACGGACGAAAAUUGAGAAGUUAGCAAGUACGUACAUAGUACGAACAAUGUACAAACAUGUUUGCAGUUACACCUGAACGUGCGCAUUACUGGUUUUAGUGCGCAUGCACUACAUGCAGCUGUGUGAAUAGUGAAUGAUUUGUUAAUGGCGUCUUUUAUUUGGUUUGCAUAAACAUUUGUUAUCUUGGUUAAAGUUAAAAGUGUUAUUCAGUGUUGGUGUUGUGACUUGGGAUAGUUUUAUUGUGUGACUAAUAUGGAUAAGGUUGUGGAUAAUCAGCAGAAUAAAACAUGGUCCGUUAUAAAAUUUCCGGACGAGAAAUCAGUUUCUGCUGUUCCAUCUUCGUGGAUCGUAGGAAAAAAAUGUUACUGGCCCCCUUAUAGUGAGAAAGCACUUCGAGCAGCGAUCGAAAAUAAUGAAAGCCCAAAUUUCCAAGUUUGGCAAUCAUAUACAUUUGAGAGCUUUCGAAACAAUGUGUUUGAUACUUUUAAAGAAGCAGACAAAAAGUCCCUAAAAGCCACGAAAACUUCUGACCUAGAAUCUGGUUGUGAGACAAAGUCAUACACUUUUUCCUCAAAAAAAAGAAAAAUUUUUCGAAAAACUGUCAGCUUUUCUUCGGUGGAAGAGGAAGGUGAAGAAGAGGAAGGUGAUGAAGAAGAGGAAAGCGUUUUGCCAGACCCACCUUCAUUCAAAAAACAACGCAGAGAAUUACAACCAAAUGUGGAAAUAAAUACCUUCGACCAAAAUGAACUUCUGAAAAGACAAGAGGAGCGACGAAAAAGAGAUAUACUGCCCCAAAGAAGUGAGAAUUUAUCCACUCCACGUGUCAGCGAGGAGAACAAUGAAGAGUCUGAUUCAAAAACAAUUAUUAAAUACCUUCAAAGUAUAAUUAGAAAACAGAACAUUUUACACUCCACGUUACUGGAUAUAACUAAUCGUUUAUCAAAUAUUGAAAAUAAGAAUACUGUGCUACAAAUAGAAAAUAGUGAGUCUAUUUUUAUCACAUUGGAAAAUCUGCCUGUUAAUACGGAAGAAGACUUAGCAGUACUAGAAGAUCAUUUAGGAGAAGGCAUGGAGCAUGCUGUUAACGAGUUAUCCAAUUUGGGUGGUGCCACAAUAUAUGAUUUUAUAUUUCGGGCCACUGAAAAGUUAAUAACAAAUAAUUUCUGUGGCAUCCACUACAGUUACGAGGGGAAAAGAAAGAAAAAGGCAUUUCGUAACCUUAAAUUGCAUGAACUAUUGAUAAAAUCAUCGCUCGCAUUAUUCAAAAAUGUUACCAUUAAGGACGUUGAGAUAAGUAUCCAAAAAUGGAUCAGACGGUGCUCAGAAAGAGCGAAGGCUACCAAACAUAAGUAAAAUAUACGAAAAGGUGCCAUUUGUAAAUAUUGAGUGUUGGUUGACUUUGUUUCAUUUAAGAGUUAUUGUUUGUUUUUAUUUUAAUAUGUUUUAGGUAUAAUAUACAUUCCAUAUUAUUAA